CUUCUUACCCCCGCCCCGCCUCCGCUGCCGUCCUCUCCUCUGCUGAACGCUGAUGUGUUACUAACCUCAGCCUGCAACUCCGGCAAAAUGUUCAACUUCGGAUCAAAAUUGCUGCUGCUUUUCCUGUUGGCCUUCCCCUGUGGCCUGAUAUCCAUCGGCCACGUUUCUGCAGACCCCGACUCUGCUGAGGACAUUGCUGAGGACACAGAUGCUGCUGUAGAUGAGGAGGAAGACGAUGAGGAAGAGGUGCUUGUUGAGGAAGAUCAGAUACAGCCCACGGAAGGAGACGAGGAUGACGCAGACGAAGCAGCUGAUAAACCGCUGACGUCUCACCCUGAUGCCGACACCACCAUCGUCUUUAUGACAGGAGAAGAGUUUCCUGCCAAUGAAAUUGUGAGGUUCCUGGUUGGUUUCACCAACAAGGCAAGUCAGGACUUCACCGUGCAGUCGCUGGAGGCCUCCUUCCGUUACCCCCAAGACUUCCAGUUCUACAUCCAGAACUUCACAGCUUUGCCUCUGAACACUGUGGUGCAGCCCCAGGCUCAGGCCUCCUUCGAGUACUCCUUCAUCCCAGCUCAGCCCAUGGCAGGUCGUCCAUUCGGUCUCGUUAUCCUCCUCAACUACGUUGACGCUGAGGGCAGCGUGUUCCAGACGGCCAUUUACAACCAGACUGUCACCAUCACUGAGCUGGAGGAGGGACUGGACGGAGAAACAAUGUUCAUGUACAUCUUCUUGGCUGGACUGGUGGUCCUGAUGCUCUUUGGAAUGUACCAGGUCCUGGAGACGAGGACGAAAAAGAGAAUCCCAGUGAAAAUAGAGAAGGGCACCGGUGGGAUGAGCGAUGUGGACAUCAGCUGGAUUCCUCAGGAGACGCUCAAUGCCAUGAACAAAGCUUCCCCUAAAGCAUCUCCACGGAAACGAACCAAUAGGGCAGCUGGAGCAGAUCAAUAAAACGGUCCAUUGCGUCCAUCAUCACACUGUCCAUCAGGAUUUCAAAGCUCAUUUCCUCACCACAGUAACCUGAUGCCAUUUACAAUGGAUCAACAUUUCUGGAAUCCAGUUUCCAUCCCGAUCAAUGUGUUUAAGAUGUUUGUGUGGAUCUCAGCCUGCUGGUAUCUCGACCAGAGAGCAUCCUGGACUCUACUGCUCUGAUCAGAGCUUGACCAUUUAGACACUAACAGGACUGAACUACAGUUCAUUUUUAAAGGGACUUUUUAUCAGUAUGUAUGUGUGUGAAAGGUGAAAAAAAGCCAAUAAGUCAUUACAUUUUUUUAUGGAAAAAGAAAAGGAUUGUGGUCCAAACUACCCCCUAAAAGAAAGCUGAAUACAUCGACUCUGUCCGUAUCAGUCAUGAUAGCUGCACUGGAGUUUAAUGACUUUUUUUUUUUUUAGAGAUUUGUCAUCCUCAUUAUAAGGGUAGAGUUUAUGAUUUCAGACCAGUCAUAUUUCAUCACAUUUCAUCUGCAGAAUAAGAUGAAUCCCCUCCUCUCUAUGUCAUAAACACCAUUGUGCCUUAUCUGUACUGUAUUUGCGGUGCCCUGCUGAAGCUUAAUGUUACAUAAUGUUAAGAUCUGAUAUGGCAUAAGGCUUGAGGUUUGUACAAGUUUAAAUUUUGUUGUUCAGUGGGGCAAUGGCAGCUGCAGUUACGACAAACAUUAAAACAGUGUUCUCUGGAGGUUUCUGCAGGUUCAUUUACUUGUUUGUUUGUUUCUUCAUCUCACUGUUGUAGGAGGCUCGGUGGAGCAUUUUCUAAAACAAUAAAAGGGUGAACACAGUG